AUGGCUCCCAAGGCUUGGACCGCUGAGGCCGAUCUUGACGCCAUCUUUGCGACCGCUUUCCAGAACGUCCCCAACGCCCCCAUGGGCGGCAUCAAUUGGGAUCGUGCCCACCAGAUCAUGACCGGACUGGGCUACAAGUUCAGCAAGGACGCCAUUAACCAGCGGUGGUCCAAGGUCAUCAACAAGAAUGCCAAGCAGCGUGUCAACCAGGGCAUAAGAAACGUCGCCAACGGCAACGUUGCUCCUGCCACCCCUACCUCCGCCCGCGGCAAGCGCUCUCGCCCUGCCCCUUCUUCCGGCGCUCGCGCCAACCAGGCCACCGCCCAGAUGGCUCGCGCUGCCCGUGCCGUCGACGAUGGCGGCGACGACUCCGAGGAGGACCUCGACGUGAAGCGCCCUGCCAAGCGCCAGGUCCCUGCCGGUGGCCUCGCUGCUGGCCUCAACGGCCAGAAGAUCGAUCUCACCAACGACAACAACCACGACGACGAGAUCCAGUUCGUCCAGAACGCCGACCAGACCCCCGUCAAGACCGAAAUCAAGGACGGUGAGGAAAAGAAGACGAUCAUCUCCACGCUCGCUCCUUCCGUCGCUCAUGCCUUCGUCAAGGUCAAGAAGCAGGAGGUUGACCCCUCCGACUCCGACGCCCAGGGCUAUCUCGAUGGCGAGGUCUAG